UCCCCCCAAAUCCGCCGCCCGACCAAAAACCCUCGCCACGACCCACUCCACCUCCGGCGGCAUGGAGCGCCCGGCGGCGGGCGCCUCCUACCAGCGGUUCCCGCGUGUGCGGAUCCGCGAGCUGAGGGACGAGUACGCCAAGUUCGAGCUCCGCGACACCGACGCGAGCAUGGCCAACGCCCUCCGCCGCGUCAUGAUCGCGGAGGUCCCCACCGUCGCCAUCGACCUCGUCGAGAUCGAGAGCAACUCCUCCGUGCUCACCGACGAGUUCAUCGCGCACCGCCUCGGCCUCAUCCCGCUCACCUCCUCCGCCGCCAUGUCCGCCAUGCGCUUCUCCCGCGACUGCGACGCCUGCGACGGCGACGGCUCCUGCGAGUACUGCUCCAUCGAGUUCCACCUCGCCGCCCGCGCCACCGACUCCGGCCAGACGCUCGAGGUCACCGCCAUGGACCUCCGCUCUACCGACCCCAAGGUCUGCCCCGUCGACCAGGCCGACGCCGCCGGUGACAGCAGGCAAGUCGAUCGCGCUCUCCAUUACGGCCCAUUGGGCAUAUUAAUUGUAAAGCUGCGUUGUGGGCAAGAGCUGCGUCUUCGAGCAAUUGCUAGGAAGGGAAUUGGAAAGGACCAUGCCAAAUGGUCUCCAGCUGCUACUGUGACCUUCAUGUAUGAGCCUGAUAUAUGUAUUAAUGAAGAGCUCAUGGAGACACUUACACUUGAGGAAAAACAAAGCUGGGUGGAGAGCAGCCCUACCAAAGUAUUUGACAUUGAUCCUGUCACCCAACAGGUGACGGUUGUGGAUCCGGAGGCAUACACAUACGACGAUGAGGUGAUCAAGAAAGCAGAGGCCAUGGGGAAGCCAGGACUGGUGGAGAUCAACGCCAAGGAGGACAGCUUUGUGUUCACCGUGGAAACGACCGGCGCCAUCACGGCUUAUGAGUUGAUCAUGAAUGCUAUCACGGUCCUGAGGCAGAAGCUGGACGCCAUUCGCCUACAAGAUGACGACGGCGAUCUUGGCGAGCUCGACGCCCACCUUGUUGGAGGCUAACCGUCUGGUUCUCUGGAAAAGAAAUCGCUGGUUGUAAGUGUAGGCUCGUCUGACUAUGGUGUUUGUGGCAAGAUGUAAUGGAUGAUGCCUCCUUUGAUCUUGGAACGGAUGCCUCUUUUGAUAUCCAGUGCCAAAAUUCUAGUGGAUGAACAGUGAUGAAUGCAGGGGAGAAGCAAAAUGCAGCCUGAUGAAUGCAACUACUCUGUCUACAAUCAAGCACACAUUUACAUUUGAGUAAUUAACUCGCCCUAAAUUAUUCAAAUCAGUCCAGGACUCCAGGUGAAUAACAAUAAAUGACUAGUGAACAUCCAUCUACUCCAGAGGCAUACACAUCUAGAUACAUUCAUGAAUGCCUUUAGAACUAAAAUACAUCUCUGAAAAAGAAAUGGAUGUAUUUAGAACUAAAAUACAUCUAGAUACAUUCAUGCCUGCGACAAGUAAUUCGGAACGGAGGGAGCAUGUCUGAAACACAUUCAAACCAAUUAACCAAUCCAGGAU